UGUUUUAUACAUACAUAGCUAUCUUCAGUUCAUUGAAAGCUUGGUAAAUUUGUCAAUGAGUGUGUUCUAGGUUAAGUUAUAAGUAUAGACCUGAAAAUCGUUUUAUUUGUUUAUUGUGUGUGUUAGUAUUACACUUCAUUAUGUCCGACACAACAAAGGUACAAGAAUACAAAGACAAUGUGAAAGGUGAAGCAGAACAGUUGGUUCUUAAAGGUUUUCCUGAGACAAUAGUCAGGCUGAACAGCAUUUUAGAGACCAAACAGUUUAAAAACCGUAAAUUUUCUGACAUUCACCAGGACCUCAAUAUUCCUGUGCCUGAUCCUAUAUUACUUAACUGCCACAAUGAUAUGCCUCCCACUAAAAAAACUAAAUUUGACAACAGUUUAUCACAAGAUGGUACCAAAGUUAUGAUAAUUCCAACAGGAUCUGUUCCGACAAACAAAAAUCUUGUUGAACUGAUUGAAAAUGUAAAACCCCAUAUUAGGAAGCUUGUUGAAGACUCCAAUUUGAUGAAAAUGUGGAUUUCCUUUAUGAUACCUAAAAUAGAAGAUGGUAAUAACUUUGGUGUUUCUAUUCAAGAAGACACAUUGGCUGAAGUACAAUCUGUUGAGGCAGAAGCGGCAGCAUUUUUCGAUCAAAUUUCAAGAUACUUCAUCUCUAGAGGAAAAUUAGUUUCUAAAGUUGCUAAGUACCCACAUAUUGAGGAUUACCGCAGAGCAGUUGAAGAAUUAGAUGAGAAAGAAUAUUUGAGUUUAUGGUUGGUUUUGUCAGAAAUAAGAAACAGAUAUUGCGCCUUGCAUGACAUUGUUGUUAAAAAUCUAGAUAAAAUUAAAAAGCCAAGAUCCAACAAUGCAACAGAAUCUCUGUAUUAAUUUAAUAAUUUUUUGAAUUUUAAUACAAGUGAGUACUUUCUAUUAUGUUUGUUUGAUUUAUUGUUGGUAUUAAUUGAGAUAUAAAGUAUUUUUCAUAAUAAAUAGGUGGAUCUUAUUUAAAGCUUUGGAUUUUGUAUUCUUACCCAUUAAAACAGUUUUUAACAA